CCUCCCAUUCUCACCGCGCAUGUGCGGCUCAGGGAGUGCGCAGCGCAGCGAUCGGCAGGCACUGAUGAUCAGUGUGCCCUGAUGAUCUGUGUAGCCCCAUCAGUGCCACCUGUUAGUGUCCAUCAAUGCCAGCUGUCAGUGCUCAUCAGUGCCACAUCAAUGCCACAUAUCAGUGCCUAUCAAUGGCACAUAUCAGUGCCCAUCUGAAAUGCCUUUCAGUGCCACCUAUCAAUGCCAGUCAGUGCCGCCUAUCAGUGCCAGUCAGUGGUGCCUAUCAGUGUGCAUCAGUGCCGCCUAUCAGUGCCAUAUAUCAGUGCCGCCUUUCAGUGCCCAUCAGAGAUGCCUCUCAAUGCCCAUCAGUGCCACCUACCAGUGCCUCCUCAUCAGUGUCCAUCAGUGCAGCCUAUCAGUCCCCAUCAGUGCAGCCUAUC